AUGAAGGAUGAAAGACAGCCAGCUUGGACGCUUUGACCAGCUAGAAUGCACGUGCAUACUAGAUAAGAUAAGCAACUAUAUUCUUAUCUUAUCAUUAAGUAGUAUCAACAAUGCAUCAGUAAGAAAUUUUGGAGCAUUUUACAAUAUGCUGGAUUAAUCUCUAGUGAAACAAGAAGCGAACGAACAAGCAUUGAACCUCAGCGCGCAUCAGCAAUACCUCACAAGCUGACGGUUCCUUUCAUACGACGUAUAUUAUAUAAUUGAAUAAGUCAAAUUACUAUACCUGAUACAGCCAUGGGUCGUGAUCUCCAGAAGCGCAAGAGGCGUUCUUCUCGCCCCGCCAUCCGCCAGCCUUCAUCGUUAAGAUCGAAGCGCCUCUUGAAUCCGCUGGGGAAUGAUUUGGUAGCUAAAAGCUGGAAUAAGAAGGAGACCGCAACGCAGAACUACCGCCGUCUCGGUCUUGUGUCCCACCUGAAAGCGCCAACCGGUGGCGUAGAACCCAAUUUGAAGUCAAAAACCCUGCAAGGACGAGCUACGAAGCCCGUGGAUCCUUUUGCCAUCAGUCAACCUACCCGAGCUAUUAUUAGCGAGGUGCGCGUGGAGCGGGACGAGAACGGCAAGAUUAUACGUGUACUCGACGGUUCAAAGCGGAAGGAAAACCCGCUAAACGAUCCUCUCAACGAUCUUGACUCGGAGGAUGAUGAUGAGGACGAAGAUGAAGAAGAAGAAGAAGGCGAAGGGUGGGGUGGAAUUGAGGAUGUGAAUGGAGAGGAUGAUAUGAUCGUUGCGCAGCUCGAGGACGAAGCUAAUAGGCCUAUAAUUAAAAAGCCACGAACCCUGACCAAGAGGGAGACUGAGUGGUUGCAGAGCCUUGUAGACAAACAUGGAGAUGAUACUAAGGCUAUGUCGAGAGAUCGCAAGUUGAACCCGAUGCAGCAGACACAGGCGGAUAUUGCUAGGAGGAUUAAGAAAUGGAGGGGCUCCUCGGCUUAAAAAGGGGGCAAAGGGACUCUAACUUGGUGGAUGGAGUUUUCUGCAUUGCAAGGCGUUAUGGAUCAUAGUAUUUUGACCGGCUGAGAAGUUAGCCCUCGGUAUAUAGGUGCUUAUAAAAGCAUGGGC